UCCCACCCGACCAUGACCUGCAGCCACCAGCACUGCGGCCCUGCCCUGGCCCGCAUCUUGCUGGCCAUGCUGCUGGGCGGUGCGGCGUGGGCUUCAGAGAUUGUGGGUGGGCAGGAAGCCCAGCCUCACUCACGGCCCUACAUGGCAUCACUGCAGAUGGUGGACGAACACUUCUGCGGGGGCACCUUGAUCCACCCGAGGUUUGUGCUGACCGCGGCUCACUGCCUAGAAAACAUACCCCAGACCUUGGUGAAUGUGGUGCUCGGGGCCCACAACUUGAGGACCGUUGAGCCCAGCCAACAGCGGUUCAAGAUCACUAGUCAGUUCUCAAACAACUAUAACCCGGCGCAGAAGCUCAAUGACAUCCUCCUCCUGCAGCUGGACCGCCCUGCCAACCUCAGUGCUCAGGUUGCAGUUGCCCAGCUCCCUGAGCAGGACCAGCUGGUGCCCCACGGCACCCAGUGCUUGGCCAUGGGCUGGGGCCGCCUGGGCACCCGCGCACCGUUGCCCCAGACUCUGCAGGAGCUGAACGUCACCGUGGUCACCUUCCUGUGUCGGCCACACAAUGUGUGCACCUUUGUGCCCCGUCGAAAAGCUGGCAUCUGCUUUGGAGACUCUGGCGGCCCAUUGAUCUGCGACGGUGUCCUCCAGGCCGUGGACUCCUUCCUGAUCCGGGAAUGUGCCACGGGCCUGUUCCCUGACUUCUUCGCUCGUGUGGCCCUCUACGUGGACUGGAUCCAGUCUGUGCUGAGAAGUGUCGGGGAGCAGGGCCCCCCCUGAGCCACUCGCUCCAGAUGGCCCUCUCAGGAGCCAGGGCCAGAGAACAGGCGCUAACUGGGGGCAGGGGGCAAUGCCCAGCCUCACAGUGACAUGAAUAAAGAUCGA